GAGUUUAAGCGUAUUAAUGUCACUACUACAAAAAUCAAUUCUGUAUUCAGUAAGACCAGAGUUUUUAUUAUACACUUGCAAUUUCUCAUUUUCUCUAACAAAGAGAAAAAUACAGAAUUAAAUGAAAAAUAACAGUGAGAUGUCAUCGUCGAGGCGUAAACACAAGUUGCAGACUAUAUCCAAAUUUAGAGUUUUCUUUUUUCCUUCUUCUUCGUCUUCUUCAAAACUCAGAUCAUCAUCAGAUCUUCGAAACCCCAAUUUCACAAAUCAGUUUCAGUUCUCAGUGAUUUUGCAGUCUCUUUCCUAUGGAAGAUGCUCAUUCAGUGAGUAGUCCGAGACGAGUUUUAAGCUUCUCGAAGAGAAAGAAGCAAAAUCCCGGUUACCGGGACUCAGACAGCAGAAGGUCAUCUCCGUUCAAAGCAUCACAAGUUCAUCAUGGACCCAAACCCUCAGAGGUGUAUGGUUUUGUAGGUUCCAUUUCGACUGUUGUUGCCACUGUCAUCUUCUUGAUAUGGGCUUACGUACCAGAUAAACUCUUGGAGUCUUUAGGUAUCCAUUACUACCCAAGCAGGUACUGGGUACUGGCUAUGCCAACCUAUUUGAUGGUGACUUUGAUGCUUACUUUGGCUUUUUACAUUGGUCUCAACUUCAUCGCUACUCCACCUCCAACCUCUCUCAAUACCUUGUUUGAUGAGUACAGUAGAGAACCCGGGGAACUCGAUCCUGGGAUGGAAGAAGGUGAAGACAGGCCUAUAGAUCCAAUUUCUGACAUUGAUAUUACAAGAAUCAAUGAUCUUAUGUUACAAUUCAAGUGAUGUCAAGUGUAUCAGAGAUAUGAUUAUGAUAUGAUUAUGAUUCUCAAUAUCAUAUCAUAUCAUAUCAUAUAUUAUGAUUGUGUAUACUUUAGGAAACAACUGUAAUUAGCUAAACCUAGUCUCCUCCUAGCUCCUCUUGUAUAAAUACCUCUAUGUACAACUAUUGUGAAUAUAUCGAAAACAUAUUCUCUACA